AUGGCCGUGCCGUCGUUGUCAAGCAUCUUUCGCGGCGGGCAUCAUCGUCCGGCUGCCGAGAAUAAUCAUCACCCACCGGCGGCGGCGCCGCCCUCAAACUACGUGUGCGAGGGGGACGUUUGUUAUCUGAGAAAAGAGAGUCAGGGGAGCAGCCAGAGCCAGAGCCGGAAAUCUUCCGCCGGCAAGGGGAAGCCGCCGAAGGAGCCGGCCGUCGUUUGCUUCUCAAUGUUUCCUCGCCGGAUUCGCCUGGGGAAGGCUCCCGCCUUGUAA